AACAGUUAUCACGUCACAUCCGACAAAUAUGGAGGUCUUUACCCGAAACAAUGGCGGGAAAUCUCGUCGAAAGUAUGCCCCGACGGUGUCAGGCCAUAAUCGACAAUAAUGGCGAUUGGACAACAUAUUAAAAGAUACGAUCGACACGCUCUUGUGGAACAGAGUGUAUUAAAAAGGCGCGACGUAUGUUGGCCUGAUUCGUGUUUUCUGGAAAGUACGAAGCGAACUAACAUCGAAAGAUGGGGAGACCAAGAGCAAAAAAUAUAAAUGUAACUCAAAGAGCAGAGGAAUUCAUUAAAGAUGGGAUGUAUGUGUUUGACCGCAAAAAGCAAGUGAUGAUGUGCCAAUGGUGCAAUGUGAGGGUCUGUUGGGAAAGAAGAAGUACAGUAUUAAACCAUUGUGAAUCUGACGGACAUAAGUCAAAAAAAGCGUUAGCAGCAGAAAGCACAAAUCGCAUGAAGAGACAGAUGUCUGUUGAUGAUGCAUUAGAUAAAGCAAAAAAGAUGAAGGUUGAGAAAGAAGAAUUUAUUUGUGAUACAGUCAGUGCAUUUCUAAAAUCUAAUAUCCCGCUUGAAAAGCUAGAUAAUGAAGAUCUGAAGAAAUGGAUAAAUAAGCAUAUUAAAGGUAAGGUGGCAGCAAUUAAAAAUUAAAUCAUUCAUGGAGUGUCAGUUUGCUACUUAAUUGUAAUUAAGAUUAUUCAACCUAACUCUCUUGUUAAUCAUAUCAUAGUCAUAGAUUGAUACAAUAAUGAGACAGCUGCCUAGAAAACUGAAAC